AGUUCUGGUCAGAGAGGUGACAGCACCACAGUUGCAGCCAGCUCUGGAAUUUCUGGCUCUUUUCUCUUCGCCUUAAAUUCGGGUGUCUUUUAUGAAUAAUCAAAAGCAGCAAAAACCAACGCUAUCAGGCCAGCGUUUUAAAACCAGAAAAAGAGAUGAAAAAGAGAGGUUUGACCCUACUCAGUUUCAAGACUGUAUUAUUCAAGGCUUAACUGAAACUGGUACUGAUUUGGAAGCAGUAGCUAAGUUUCUUGAUGCUUCUGGAGCAAAACUUGACUACCGCCGCUAUGCAGAAACACUCUUUGACAUUCUGGUGGCUGGCGGAAUGCUGGCCCCAGGUGGUACACUGGCAGAUGACAUGAUGCGCACAGAUGUCUGUGUGUUUGCAGCACAAGAAGACCUAGAGACCAUGCAAGCAUUCGCUCAGGUUUUUAACAAGUUAAUCAGGCGCUACAAAUACCUGGAGAAAGGUUUUGAAGAUGAAGUUAAAAAGUUACUGCUCUUCCUCAAAGGAUUUUCAGAGUCGGAGAGGAACAAGCUCGCCAUGUUGACUGGGGUCCUUCUGGCUAACGGAACCCUUAAUGCAUCCAUUCUUAACAGCCUUUAUAAUGAGAAUUUGGUUAAAGAAGGGGUUUCAGCGGCUUUUGCUGUAAAGCUCUUUAAAUCAUGGAUAAAUGAAAAAGACAUCAAUGCAGUUGCUGCAAGUCUUCGGAAAGUCAGCAUGGACAACAGACUGAUGGAGCUGUUCCCUGCCAAUAAACAAAGUGUUGAGCAUUUCACUAAGUAUUUCACUGAGGCAGGCUUGAAAGAGCUUUCGGAGUAUGUCCGCAACCAGCAGACCAUUGGGGCUCGGAAAGAGCUCCAGAAGGAGCUUCAGGAGCAGAUGUCCCGCGGCGACCCAUUCAAGGACCUGACUCUGCUACUGAAGAUUCAGGAGUAUUGCUAUGACAACAUUCACUUCAUGAAAGCCUUCCAGAAAAUAGUGGUGCUUUUUUAUAAAGCUGAGGUCCUGAGUGAGGAGCCCAUUCUGAAGUGGUAUAAAGACGCACAUGUUGCAAAGGGCAAAANUGUCUUCCUUGAGCAAAUGAAGAAGUUUGUAGAAUGGCUCAAAAAUGCUGAGGAGGAAUCUGAGUCUGAAGCUGAAGAAGGUGACUGAAUUUUGAAACAACAUCCUCAGUAAAGCAAACAGGAGUUGUAGAUAAAAUGUCAUGUCUCAUGUGUCCUGGUUCUUAACAUCUUCCUACCUCCCUAUAUCAAGCAUGAUAUAAGGGCUUUCAUGGCAAUUUUUAUUUUAACUGUUUUUAUGGUUACUGGAAAUGUUGGGUUUGGCUGAAACCACGUGUAAGGAGCUGCAGGAGCCGUAGAAUUGAAUCUGAUGUUGCAUUGGUUUUCAGUUACCUUCUACCUCCUGUAUUUUCUACUGUAAUAAUGUGAUGUAAGGCCUUCCGCAAUGAGCAGUUCACUUUAUUCCCUGGGUUUUCUAUAUAAACAGUUUUCAAGAUAUGAUUUGGUUAAAAACAAUUUGUUACAAAAAGAUUCUGUUUGCAAAUUAAACUGUAAAAGUAUCCAAAGUCUCAAAGGGCAAUGAUUUGUGUGAUAACUUAGUGUGUCCAGAGCCCUGUUCAUCNGUGAAAAUCCUGUAGAUGAUUGAAUCCAUAACAUGAAUCCUGGCGUUGGUUAUAUNUGAGCAUUUUCUUAUAUUUUUAGCCCCAGAUGUUUGAUUUCUGGGUAUCAUCCUUAGUAAAGCCAUGGAAAGCAAACUUGAGUUUGAGAACUACAUGUGGCAGAGGUAGGAAGAAGGAAACAGUCUUUUCCAGAAAUGUCUAGGUUCGUUUGUAUCUUUCCAGGUAGAACAAGUUGAUGACUCCUCACACAGACGUUCUACCCCAGGAUACAGCCAGACUGUUAGGAACUGAGUCAAGGAAAUGCUUGUCACUAAACCAUACGUUUGUUGGGAGNGUUUGGNUGAGCGUGUUCUAACAGGAUCUCUGUAUGACUCCAUUUUCCUUUGUGAAGGUGAAGGACAGUCAUUCGCGGUCUGCCAUCCAGUUGUCUGGGCCUGGCCUCAUUCUACUAUAUUCAAGCCCCUAGUCACUCACCCUAGUUGCCAUUUUCUUAAAUUGCCAUGANCCAAAUACUUAAAUUGAUUAAUCCAUUUAUUUUAAUGGCUGCCUUCGUUGCUUUUCUUUUUGCUAUCCAUUUAUAGUUAGUUGGUAGGGGAAGAUGUAGCCACCUUUUUGGGAAAGGCUAAAAGUGAACAUUUUGAAAGUUUGUUUGUUUGUUUUUUUAAAUUGGUAAAAGAAAAUAGUAAGAAUAAUGCCACCAGAGACUUCAGUGGAAAUUGCCCAUUUUGAAGGUGCCAUCCUUAGAAGCCAAGAAUUUGGUAUUUAAAGUUUAUCUUGAGAGAAUAACAUGUAAUAUAAUUUGAAAUAAAGGUAUAGUAACCUUAAGAGCAUUGUAGCAAAAACAUUGGUGGGUGGGGUGAAUUUGUAAAAUGAAUGACUUUGAUAAAGUUUUAUGCACAGGCAAAUGUAUUCAUUAGAUUCUGUGUAGUGAUCUGCUUUCCCUUUGUAAUUUGUAGUCCUAAAAAGAUUUUUUUUUUUUUAAAUAAAGUCCAUCCUUACAUUUAGGUUUUAUAGAUCAGUCUUUUUAUUCCCCCAAUCCCAUUGAUCCCUAAUGUCGUGCUGUAUGUCGUGCUUUCAGAUGUCAACUGUGUAUAAGUGUUAGGAACAACUUGUCCAUAGAACUUGCAGACUAAACACCUCACAGAUUCCAAUGUAGCCAGAACUACAUUGCCAUUUCUACAACCAGAUCCUUGCAUGUUAACCGCCGUUCAAAACGCACCGUUUAUUAUAUACUGUGUAUAGUGAGAGUGUGUAGUCUUCCAGAACUACAUUAUGAUCUUUGAUCAUUGAUCUCCCCCCCCUUUAUACACAGUAGUGUUUACUUAGUAUAAUAGCACAUGGGUAAGGCACCUGUGAGUACAAUGUAAAGAAAGGGAUUUAUGAAAUUAUUCUCAUUUUAAGUUUAAAUGCCAACCUAUGGCCUCCAAUAUGUAAUUCUUAAUGGAGAUGUGAAAACUGUACUCUGAAUCAUGAUUGGGUAACUGUUGAUUGAAUUCCUAACUUGGUGUCAGUUUCUAAGGCCUUUGUGUCUUGGAUACUGUACUGUGUGUUUAGAACUGAUAAGUGUCACCUUAUUCUGGGAUUAUUGUCCUAGAAAUAUUCUGUUCUUAUGAAUUUUCAGAUACCAAAAUGCCACAUAUUUUACUCAGCAUAACGAUUGGUGGUGAGGGGAAAUGCAUGUGACCAAGAGAUUAACUUAUAACAGUAUUCAAGCUUUUUCCAUUAUCCAAAUCCCCAGAAACCUUUUCCCCUAAUAGCACCCCAAUAAAUUUUAAUAUAGAUACACUA